AUGAAUUCGUGGACUUUAGCAAACGUUGCGAUGUUUGCUAAAGCGAUAAUUCGUUUCGCCUACGAAAUUCAGAACAAGCAGUUUGACGAUUUGUUGCUUAAAGAGAUAGCACCGGGCUCAGCAGAUGAGACUCUUUCAAUAGAUUCGUCUGAUUUGUUUAACAAAGACGAAAAAAAAAAUUCGGAGCUGGUACUGUGCAUUGAAGCAGUUAAUCUAGCUUUUAAUCAGGUAGUAAAUGAAUUUUUAGUUGAAGGUUUUGUAGAAACACCCACUGUUCAAUUUAGUCAUGUUGGAGGAAUGCAAGAUAUCAAGACGUAUGUAGAGCAGAAUUUGAUUGAUAUAAUUAGAAAUAUAAACGAAUAUAAAUCAAUGGGAUUUAAGGUUGCGACAGGUUUAUUAUUGCACGGGCCUCCUGGAUGUGGAAAAACCUAUCUGGCUCGCGCGAUAGCAAAUGCUUGUGCAGCUAAUUUCAUCUUAGUUAAUGGCAGUGAACUUUUAGACAAAUAUAUGGGAGAAAGCGAACGGAAGAUUCGCGAUGUUUUUUCAAAAGCUUGUGCAAAUAGUCCUUGCAUCAUAUUUUUUGAUGAAUUUGACGCGCUGUGUCCUUCUCGAGAUUCAGACCAGACGCAUGACCUCUUAAGAAGAGUUGUGAACACAUUUUUAGCUGAGCUGGAUGGCGCUACUAACCGUAGUGGUGUUUUUGUAAUUGCUGCAACUAACCGCCCAGCACUAAUUGAUCCGGCUUUACUUCGAAGUGGAAGGUUUGAACACAGAUUAUACGUACCACUGCCGGACUAUGAAUCCCGGCUCGACAUUAUUUCUGUAAUACUGGAUCUAAAAUCGUGGCACAUGUCUACAUUUGAUCCAGCUGCUGUCAAAGUUUUACGAAGUGGUUUUAUUGCAUUAGAUAUUGUAUAA